AUGGUCUUUGUUGUUGAUUACUCCAACAGUUUGAAAACCCAAGUCUUUGCUGCUGGCUUUGAAAUCCAUGUUAUCCUUAUGAUUAGCUUUCUUCUACCUCGUAUGUGUAUAUUGACUGCUGAUGCUUGUUAUACUUGGGAGUCUAUUAGUGGACAAGAUAAUGAUAUUCUGGAGUUUCUUAAGCUUAAGGAUGCACUUGAUGCAUUGGGGUUGGUUCGUUACUGCUACAGGCGCAUGCUUAUGACUCAUGUUAAUCUCAUUGAGAAGCUUCUCAACUACAACACUUUGGAGAAGUCAGAUUUAAAGGAACAAAGUGAAAAUCUAGAAGCAAUAACAAGGUCUAUUGUAUGGGUACAUGCUUAUGAAACAAAGAAGAAGAAGGGCUCAGAUGAAGUAGUUGAGGAUCAUGAAAUAGUGAAAGAGAAUGCGAAUCAAAGUGUAACCCAAAGCAAGCAAAACAGUCCAAGUGUUCAGAGAUCUGAAAUUCGAAGUCCAAAGAGAAAGCAGAGUAACCAAAGAAAAACUUCACGUCUUCAACACUCUACUGAUCAUGGGAUGCAAAGUAAAGACAAGGAAGGUACAAGGGCCAAAAGUACAAAGGAUGAUCAAAAUAGAAUUGAAUUGUUAAGUUGGUUUGAGAUGAGCAAAGGUGUUGUUGCAAUUGCAAAACUUGAUUCCAAAGAUCCAAAUGCUAUGGUUCAUCAUAUGCCCUUUGGUCCUGAAUGCUGGAAAGUUUGGGUGCUUGAUGUUUUUGAUGAUAUAGCUUUAUAUCGACCAACCAGGGAGUUUGGAACACUGAGCGAGGCUACAGGAAGUACAAUUGCCUAG